AUGCCAUGUCAAAGACCUUCAGUCAUCUGGUUUAUGUUUACCACCAGCCUGUUUUAUGGAAUUUACACGUUCUUUUUCAAACUGCAUCAGCUCGGCGACAGCCGACCUCACGCCGUCCGUCGGAAUCUCACGAUCCUGCUGUGGCACUGGCCGUUCGGCGUUCCAUACAACCUCACGGGGAAUGUUUGCUUGGAGAAGUACAAUAUUCCGGAUUGCAUCCUUGUGGAUAACCGUUCCUUCUUCUCUCGUGCGGACAUCGUGGUCUUUCACCACCACGAACUGUGGACCGGGCGGUCUUCAUUGCCUCUGCACCUGUCUCGACCACCAAUGCAACUGUGGGUGUGGUUGUCCCUAGAGCCUCCGCAAAACAACCGCAACCUCAGCGUGUACAAUGGCAUCUUCAACUGGACCAUGAGCUACAGACAAGACGCUGACAUCUUCACACCUUACGGAAAGCUAGUGCCCCGUGUGAGUAACGUUACCUACAUCAUCCCAAACAAGAAGACUUAUUUGGCUUGCUGGGUCGUAAGCAACUACAAGCCGUAUUAUUACAGGUCUAAGGUCUACCAGCAGCUAAAGAAUUUUAUCCAUGUCGAGGUGUACGGGAGAUGGAUCAGGAGGUAUGUGUCAGAAAAGAAUCUCUUGUCAACACUAGCCAAGUGUUCCUUUUACCUUGCUUUUGAAAACUCUGUGUUCAAGGACUACAUCACAGAGAAGCUCUGGAGGAACUCUUUUCAAGCCGGUACUGUACCCGUGGUUCUCGGACCACCUCGGGAAAACUACGAAGCAUUUGUACCGCCAGAGUCGUUCAUCCACGUGGAUGACUUCCGAAGCAUCCGAGAGCUUGCUUCUUUCUUGGAGAAGCUAGCGUCCAAUAAGACGCGCUACGAAUCCUACCUCAGUUGGCACGAUAAUCACGAUGUUAAAACCUACACCGACUGGAGGGAGAGGCUGUGUAAUAUAUGCACACGUUAUCACCAGCUACCCAUGCACAAAGUUUACCACAACCUACACCACUGGGGUAGCCGAUAA